AUGGCUCUCGCAAUGCAUCAUCGUCUUCCUGUUUUUGACUUGUUCUACUCUUCAGGAGUGCAUGACCAUAUGGGCCUUAUUGUAUUCUUCAUUUGUCUUGUGUCCGUACUUCUCUACCACACUCAACACCAAGUUCCAAUCUAUCAUCGAAAAUUUCACAAGCGGAAGAUCUAUCUUUACAUUCACAUCUUCACAGGCCUAGCAGAGGCAUCCCGGUACAGAUUUCGAGAGUUUCAGAACCAAUCUUUCGUGUUGCCCGACGCUCUGGACGUAUUAUCCUCUUUCCUGUGGUCGUGGACAAGCUUGGAGCUUGUGAAGACACUCCGCCGAGGAGAUCCUCGAACCACUCGACCUCCUUAUCAGGCUGCUGCUUGUCUACGACCGGUAGCAACACUUGUAUCAUAUAUCUACGGCAUUUCUAGCUUAUACACGGUAUCAGUCCGCGCGCUAGAUGGCUUCAUCUAUGCCCGAUUGGCAAUCUUCUAUUUCGUCCAUACACCAUACAUGCGAUAUUAUUCAAAUAGCCAGAUAUAUGCAGUCUCAAUUCCGCUGGCUUCGACUAUCAGUAUUUAUCAAAGCAGGGUUCACAGCGCAACUUUGAUAUUCAUUCUUGUUACUGCCUACAUUACAAAGCUCAAUGAAUGGGUGACGUACCAAUCACAUUUGAUAAGAGACUCUGGAAGUUCUUGCAACAACUCCAAAUACUUCAACAAGAUGAUUUCCAUGCUUGUGAAUCUCGGAUUUGUGGAACUAGAUGAAUUACGAGUCGUCACAAGCAUCAGUGAAUUCAAGAAACCUGUAGAUGAUGAAUUCGUCUCGCAAAAAUAUAGCAAAAUGAGAGAUCCAACUUCCGGGUGCUCACUUAGCUAUGAGUCAGGAGGGUGA